UCAUCGCUCUGUUGACGGCCUGUUGGUUGCCGCUGAUCGUCUGUUGCUCUCCAUCUCUUGCCGCCUGGCCUCUUUUUUCCCUCCAUCCCACUUCCAUCACCCCAGCCCCAUCACUAUCACAUCUUCUCCCCGCCCAUAAUCCCUCUUCCGCACCGAAUCCAGGUACGCUCUUCUGUCAAAUUGGCUUCGUUUUCAUUGCUCUAACAUAUUAUCUUCAUUGAUAGACACCUAAGCACUGAGUGCCAGAGAGCCUCAGUGCCGUUCCAAUGCUACCUUGAACAUGCCCAGGCCAUCGCUUUCUUUCAUUUUUCAGAUUCUGCCAUCACGAGUAUUGGCUUUCUAGAAGACAAGAAGGAUUCACAAGAAAACCAGACAUAUCAGCAUAAACAAAGACAAUCGCAUGCCAAUAAUAGCCUACGCCGCCUACGAUAGACAAUACGAACCGAAUAGUCUCCAACAAUGGAUGAUGGCCCUCCCCCUCCUCCUCCCCCUCAUGGAGAAAACCCUCAUACAACCGAGGGGGAAUAUCGCAAGUCAUCAGAUCUCCCCAAAGGAAAUUACGACAUCUUCGUCAUUCCUCCGCACUCCUCCGGCUCGGGAUUCCUUUACCUUCCAUCCUUACAAUGCCAACGCAAUAGUUUCAUUGCUGGCUCUGCGAGCACACUUUUUGUCGUUAUAGUAUGGGCCAAUAUCUCUCCAUUCCUCAAAGCCUGGUAUUCCGCGACUGCCGCUAGCGGUAGUGGUAUGGGCAUCGCUCUCUUGGCGAUAAGUGUGGCCUUGGUUGGAUGGGCCGUCGGUACGUAUCAAGCGGACGGCUUCCCACGAGGGACGCGGAGGCGUCCAGGGUCAGGUAGUUCUGGGUCCGGAGGCUCCGGAGCUGGUGGAGCUGGCACUCAGAACCAAUCUGCGGGGGCAGGUUCAAACCAGUCAAAUGUUCCAAAUAACGGGGGGCAGAAUAGAGGACAGCAGCAAAGCCACGGAGGAAAUUCUGGUGGAGGACCUAAUCCAGGAAGCCAGUAUUCUGGGAACCAACGUGGUGCUGGUGGUCCUCCACCUCAACCAUCCUCUAAUUCGGAUCCUCCACCAAAUUCUGGCCCACCUCCCAACAAUAAGAACACUGGACCGCCCCCCAACACCAAUCAGAAUAAAGAUCGAGAUUGGGAGAGAGAACGUGAAGAAACUAGACGGAAAGAAGAGCUACGAAGGAGGAUGGAUGAGUUGAAACGGAAAAGAGAGGCAGAAGCACGCGAAAAGGAAAGACAAAGAGAGCGUGAGGCCAUGGAGAAAGAGCUGCGGGAGCGCAGAGAACAGCUUGAGAAAGAGAUUGCGGCAGCCAGGGAGGCCGCCGCGAAGGAAGCACGAGACCGAGCGGAGAGAGAGGCAGCAGAGGCCAGAGCCAGAGCCGAACGAGAACGGGCUGAAAGGGAAGCGGCAGAGGCCAAAGCCAGAGCUGACCGGGAAGCAGCAGAAGCCAAGACCAAGGCGGAUAGAGAAGCAGCAGAAGCGAGGGCAAGGGCACGACGAGAGGCAGCCGAGGCGAAGAAAAGAGCGCACAGAGAAGCCGCCGAAGCCAAGGAGAGGCAAGAGAAGGCCGCUGCCGAAGCCAAAGCCAAGGCUGAGAGGGAGGAGGCUGAAGCAAAGGCCAAAGCGGAUAAAGAAGCAGCUGAGAAGGAAGCGGCUGAGAAAGCGGCCGCGAAGAAGGAGGCCGAUGCCAAAUUUGCGGCUCUCAAGGAGGCUGCUGCAAAGAAAUACGCCGAGAAGAAGGCCAAAGAUGCUGAAGAGGCUGCCGCAAAGGAGGCUGCUGCUAAACGAGAGGCUGCAGCUAAAGAGGCAGCGGCUAGAGAAGCAGCGGCUAGAGAAGCGGCCGCCAAGGAGGCCGCAGCUAAAGAAGCAGCAGCUAAAGAGAGGGAGUUUCGAGCAGCCGCAGCCGCAGCUCCCCCCAGAUCUCCUUCACCUAAGAAACCAGCCCCUUCAACGCAAACCAGGACCGACGAGUCUUCCCAGCCCUACGAGCGACCUCGACGACCAUAUGGGGGCGCGGCAUCAGGUACAUCGGGAACCUCAAGGUCCUCGGUCUACUCCGAAUCUUCAUACGCGCCUUCACAGUCAACCGCUCGUACUACGCCCCCGCCCUCCAACCGAGGAACCUACUCAACCAAGGAUCCUGAUAAGAUUGUUAUCCAAGGAGUGUUUGCGUUCAACAAUGUGUACCCUCGAGACCCGGUUGCGCAGCUGGUAUCCGGUCAGGGAAUCGUGACGGACGGAUUGGUGCUUCGCAUCACCACGGAAGGGUUGUUCAUUGACGAUGAUGUUCGCGGUGUCCCACAGAGAGAAUGGGAUGUCAAGGCGUGGACGAUGAAGCUGGCAGAGGUAUGGUGCCCCCAGUACGGAGACCGUCCAAAUCCUGUCAAACCCUCGAACCCUUUCCGUCGCAACACGCCAGGCCCGACGCCGGAAGAGUCGGACGCGUAUCUUGGGAACCUGUUGAAGGUGUGCAAGAAUACGUGCCGGCUGGCGUCACCCGCUGACUUCAGGGGUGUUGAGGGCGAAAAGGCGAGGCUCCAUGUGCUCCGUGCCAGCAUGCGUGACCAGGAAGGCAAGCGAUAUGUCUUCAUUCUGGAUGAAACCGAAGGAUGGAAGGUGGCCAUUGGGCUGCAGCGCCUCCGACGGGGAACGCAAGUCAGAGCUCUGGGGGUGGUUAACUUGCCCCUGGUUGAAUCACAUUCCCUCUUGGAGAAUCUGGGCUAUAUCUAGAUUUCCUAUCCAUUGACUUGAGUCGAUUGUUGAGUGUAUGCUGACGCCUCCCCC